AUGAAAAGUCUUUUUGCAUUUGGCGUGUUGAUGAUCAGUUCUGUACUUGGUACUACGGUCACUACUCCUGGUGAUUGUCCUGCCCUGACACCUCGUACUUCUCCUCCAGUGGAUAUUACUGAUCUUCGUCCUGAUGACAUCAAGGUUCUUGGUGCACUCGGUGACAGUAUCAUGGCAGGUUAUGUGAUGAUGGGUGUGUCCGGUCCUCUUGAUAUCAAAGCAUUGGAAGAAUUCCGUGGUCAUAGUUAUGCCAUUGGGGGUGAUAGUGGGGCCAUCACUCUUCCUAACAUCAUGAAUCAUUAUACACCUGUGAAAAAAGGUCCUUCUGUUGGAACAACAUUAGCUACUACCUGCAAUAUUAUUGCCGAUACUUGUUCAAGUAUUCAAUAUACUCCAUCUGCUGAUCAAUUAAACGGUGCUCUUAGUGGGGCCAUGUCAUUCAAUCUCCAAACUGAACUUGGUUAUGUUUUGUCACAAAUGAAAUCCAUUUCUGGUAUUGACGUACAAAACGAUUGGAAGAUGAUUACUAUUCAAAUUGGAAGUAAUGAUCAAUGUGCAUCUUGUAAUUCCACUCAUGCAAGCCAAGUGACAGCCGAUCAAUAUGGUGCAAACAUCGAAAAUGCCAUCCUCACUAUUAAGAAUGGUAGUCCAAGAACAAUUGUCAAUCUUGUUGGUGUGUUUAAUGUAUCACAGGUAUUUCCAUUAUCACAAAAAUCAGGAUUGAAUUAUUGUGUUAUGACCAACAAUGAUCCUUCUACGAUCAGAAACCUCAAAGAAUGUUCAUGUUCUGCUGAUAGUAAUCAUCAAGCGAUGGAUGAACUUGCUGCUAGUUACAAUGUAAAAUUACAAGCCUUGGCUGAAAAAUAUAAAGCUCAACCCAAUGGUACUUUUGCUGUAGUCUAUCGACCAGCCAAUGUCAAUAUCAUGAGUUUCCCUAUUGAUGCUCUCAGUAAUUAUGAUUGUUUCCAUCCAAGUCAAAAAGGACAUGAAUGGAUGGCAAAGAUUUAUUGUCCUACAGAUACUGACAGGAUUCAGUUAUCUUGA